AUGUUCAUGAUGUCGUUAAAUUCUACCGUCGUGGCUCCCGCCAUGAGUAUCAUCGCUACCGAUUUAAACGGCCUUGAAUCACAAACUUGGAUUGCUACUGCUUAUCUUGUUGCCUUGAACGCAUUCCAACCUUUAUCUGGCCGAUUUUCUGAUAUUUUUGGAAGAAAAUCUGUAUUCAUGUUUGGUAUCGUUCUUUUCUUUAUCGGUUCCUUGAUCAAUGCUUUAUCAAUCAAUAUCAAUAUGUUGAUUGCAGGUCGUGCUAUCCAAGGUUUUGGUGGUGGUGGUGUCAUGUCCAUGACUUUUAUUAUUGUCACUGACGUUGCACCUAUUCAUCUUCGUCCUCGUUUCCAAUCUUUACUUGCUGUUGUAUAUGGUAUUGCCAGUGUUGCUGGUCCUCUUUUAGGUGGUGCCUUUGUUGAUCAUGCUUCAUGGCAUUGGGAUUUCUGGCUUAAUGUGAUUCUUGCUGCUAUUUCAUUCAUUAUUAUGGUCUUCUUCUUACACGACCCCAAGGACACUGAAAAGACUUCAUUUGUCUCCAAGAUAAAGCGUGUAGAUUGGCUCGGUACUCUCUUUUCUUCAAGUUUUAUUGUGUGUUUACUCUUGGCUCUUAAUUGGGGUACCACCUAUGGCUGGGGCAGUGCGCAUUGUGUGGGUCCCUUUGUUGCAGCUGGUGUUUCAUUGAUUGCUUUAAUCUAUGUUGAAGGUUAUGUUGCCACCGAUCCUCUUUUACCUGCCAGUGUCUUGCUCAACCCAGCCGUUGUCAUUGUAUAUGCUUACAUGUUCUGUUUGGGUCUUACCUUUGUGGGUACCUUGUAUUUCGGCCCUGUUUUAUACCAAGCUGUAUUUGGUGCCAGUAGUACCGAGUCUGGUCUUCGUUUGAUUCCCUUCAUGGUGUGUCUUAUUGCUGGUUCUCUCGGUGGCGGUUUCUUAGUCCGUUCUUUACCUCGUGUCAAGAUUUACUUGAUCAUUGGUGCAGCAUGUAAUUUACUUGGUUACGGUUUGUUUUAUACUGUCAAUGUAAAGAGUAGUUGGGGUCAACAAGCAGGUUAUCUUGCCUUUUGUGGUUUCUCCUUUGGUCUUUCUCAACAAAAUGCUAUUUUAACUGUACAAUCCGCUGUUGAAAAGAAGGAUUUGGCUAUUGCUACCAGUUGUAAUAACUUCUUCAUGAUGUUGGCUUCUGCUAUCGGUAUUGCUAUUUAUCAAACUAUGUACGGUUCCAUCUUGAAGGAAGAAUUUGCUAAACUCCCCCUUGAUGUCUUAACACAAGCCAAUAGUUAUGGUUCACUCAAGAAUUUCUUAUUUAUUCGUACUAUGCCUCUUGAACUUCAAACACCGGUUAUUCAAGCUUAUUCCGAUGCUUUACACAAAGUCUUUAUUCUCCCCAUCGCAGUAGCCUCCAUUGGUUUAAUCUUAUCUCUCUUCUUUAAAGAUGUACGCUAUGGUGUCUCUGAUCCCAAACAAGAUAUCGAAGUGGGUUAUGAUGAUGAUUCCGAAAAGAAGCAAACCGUUUAG